AUGGCGGCCAAAAACAUCCUCCGGCGGUCAAUGCUCUAUGUCCCCGGCUCCUCCCAACGCUUCCUCGACAAAUCCCGCACCCUCACCGCCGAUUUGAUAGCCUACGACCUCGAAGACAGCGUCACACCUUCGAACAAAGCCAACGCGCGAGCCCUGGUGCGCAAAGCGAUCGACCAACCUUUACCGGACAAUGCCAAAGAGCGCGCCGUGCGCAUCAACAGCGUGGGCUCGGGCCUCGCGCUCGCGGACCUGCAAGAGGUGCUCAAGAGCCCCAACCUGACGACCCUGGUGGUGCCCAAGGUCGAGUCCGCCAGCGACAUGAGCUUCGUGCGCGACGUCAUCGAGCACAGUCGGCCGCGCGAGGUCAAGGGCAAAAAGGCCGCGGCCGUGUCCGUCAUCGGCCUGAUUGAGAGCGCGCGUGCGGUCAUGGAUCUCAAGGAGAUUUGCGGCGCGUGUCCGGGACUGCUGAGUGGCUUGACGUUCGCGGCGGAGGAUUUUGCGUUGGAUCUGUCGUUGACGCGCACGCCGUCGCUGAAGGAGUUUUUGUUUGCGAGGUCGGCGAUCGUGACGGCUGCGAGGGCGUAUGAGUUGCCGUCGACGAUGGAUUUGGUGGCGACGGCGUAUAAGAGUGAGGCGGAUCAGGAGCGGUUGGUGGAGGAGUGUGAGGAUGGGAAGCGCAUGGGGUUCAAUGGGAAGCAGUGUAUUCAUCCGAGUCAGGUGGGUACGGUGGAUAGGGUUUAUAGUCCGAGCCUUGGGGAGGUGGAGUGGGCGGUGAGGCUGGUGAUAGCGCAGAAGAAGGCCGAGGAGUUGGGCAGGGGCGCGUGGACGCUGGAUGGGAAGAUGAUUGAUGCGCCGGUGGAGGGGAAGGCGAGGGCGAUUGUUGGGAAGGCAAGGUUGUGUGGCUUUCAUGUGGAUGAGCUGAUGGAAAAGCACAAGGACCAGGAGCCCUCGUAG